AUGACCCUCUUCCAUGUCUCCGUCUCCGCCGGGCAUUGGACGUCGAAUGGGUGGGUGGUUUGGCCUACCCGGGUUCUCAGCGACCAAUCUCCACCUGACGUUGGUUCUGGGAUUGGGGGCAUAGGCUCAAGUGCAGUAGUUACAGCCCAGUCAUCCGUUCCUAUGAUGGUGGUAAUAUGGACUCCGUAUUAUGCAUAUACGAUACCACCACCAUCCAAACACGCCUGGCGAGUCUCUGGGAGCGUGAGGGGGAGUCCGGCGAAUCAGCGGGCGAGAGGCAUGGACAACUGGGGAGGGGAACCUGCUACUGCCCCGCCACUGCCACCCACACCUUAUACAACCGUUACAACCACACAGGCACACCCCACACGUCGCACCACCCACCAGGGACAAACCAUCCAUUCCUGUAACGACCUCAAGGGCUGGUAG